UAUAUAACACAGCGCGCUCCCAAAACCCCAAUCUUCUCCUCCUCCGACGAUCACCUCUGCCCCUCACUCUCAAAAGACCAGAUGACUCCCCAUCACCACCACUACAGCCACCACCAUGAAAAGAAUCUUUGCCACCAAACCCUAAGCAACCACCCUUACUAUUGCUCUUCCUGUUGUUGCUCCUGCAACUGCAACUCUUCUUCCUCUCUUCCUCCUCCUCCUCUUCCAAUCUCCACAGACCAAUUCUUUCAAUCCAUGGCUACCAACAUCUUCAAAACCCAAUCUUUUCAAAAACCCCAGCAAGUUCUUUCCCAAUCCCUCCUCCAAGAUCUCAUCCACCGUGUUUCCUCCCUCGAAUCGUCUCUUUCCCAACUCUCCUAUCAAACUCCUCGUACUCCAUCGGCUCCGCCUUCUCCCUCUCUCCGGCGAAGAACAUCUACUCCGUCUCUCCGGGAAGUGGCUGCAAGGACGAUCCAAGCGCGGUUCCGUCGAUUCCUAGUCCGACGAUCCCAGACGCUUAGGGAUCUCAAGCGCUUGGCUUCCAUCAAAUCCAGCGCUUCCGCGCUGCGGUCGUCAAUCUCCGGCGACGCAGAUGCGGAGCUGGAGGCCAUUUCUCAGGAAGCAAUGGAUCUACUACUCCAGCUCGAUUCCAUCCAGAGUUCCGAUCCGAUGAUUCGGGAUGGGAAACGAUCGAUUAGCAGAGAUCUUGCGAGAAUGCUAGAGUUCGUCGACAAUGUGUUGGCGAGGGAACGGCGGCUUUCUCUUCGAGAAGUGGAGACAGUGGAGGACGCUGCGCCGCCGCCGGUGCUGCGUGCGAGAAGUGCUAAAAGAGUGAGCUUUGCAGAUAAUGGUAGAGGGAUUGAGGAAGAAGCCAAAGAGGGGAGUGGGCUUUCUAGGUUUUUGGAGGAGAAGGAAGAAGCUUUUGGGAAUGGUAAUGGUGCAUUUCACGGCCAGAAUCGUGGUAUUGGGCUCUCUGCUCCACAGCCACUGCAAAUGGAACUAAGGUUAGGUCUCUGAUAUUGAUCUGUACGAUUGGAGUAAGAAUUGCUUAUGUUGGAGAUGGAGGGUUUUCUACUGUUUUGUUUAUGGUUUUUUGCUCUCUGGACUUGGGAUUUUAAGAGGGAUAAUUGCAAUUCUAGGUCUUAAUUUAGGCUAAUUAGGCUGAUUUUGAUGGCUGCUUCGCUUAGUCCUGUUUGUUAUAUGUGACGCUGGCGCCUUGAGGAUUCAUUAGAUAGCUUUUCUGCUUCAGGCUUCGAAUGUGAUGAUCUUGUUGUGUUGUGAUUGUUGUCUGAUAACGAAUGAUAACAUUUUUUUAGUAUGAAAUAAGAUUAUAUGAUGA